AUGGUCAUUCCUACAUGUGACUACUCUAAAGGUCUCUCUUCAUUUCCCUUGUUUAUGGUGCAAUUCACUCGCUUUAAAUGUGGGGGUGUAUGCAUGGGUAUUGCUACGCAUCACCAUGUAAAUGAUGGAAGUGCAUGCGCGUACUUUGUGAACUCCUGGACAAGAAUUGCACGCGGGCUUGAACUCCUUGUCUUGCCCGUGCACGAGAGAUCAGCUAUUCCCCAAUUUUCGACUUAUGAACCGACCCAAGUCAAGUUUCGGCACUUGGAGUAUGAGCCAUCUAUACCACCAACCUUCUCCUUAGGUAAGAUGUGUACAAGUAUGGAGAGCUCCUUCACUCUUUCCAAGUCUCUAAUCAACGCCUUAAAACAAGAAGCAACACCCAAACAAGUAGAAAUAAGCAAUUUAAGUACAUUCGAAAUUGUAGCUGCUCAUGUGUGGCGAACCACAUGCAAAGUGCGUGGACUAGCACCUCAUCAAGAUGCUAAACUUUACAUACCAAUAGAUGGACGGCCUAGAUUGAAGAAUCCAAACCCACCAAAAGGGUAUUAUGGUAAUUUAAUAUUCUUCGCAGCUUGUAUUGCUAAAUCACGUGAUAUCACGUGCAAUCCAUUAUGGUAUGCUGCCACUAAAAUUAAGGAAGCCAUCCAAAGAACGAAGGAUGAAGAAUACUUAAAAUCUGCCCUUAAUUUCUUGGAAACAUUCCCAAAAGAUGAUCCAAUGGUUGUACUUAGUGGGCCAGAGAGUAUUACAAGCCCAAAUCUUAUGAUAAAUUCUUGGGCUAAAUUGCCCUUUUGUGAAACUGAUUUUGGGUGGGGUAACCCUAUUUUUGGUGGUACUGGUGGGGUCAGGUAUGAAGGAUUAUCCUUCUUGACUCAAAAUAUGGAUGGUGGGUUUUCUUUGAAUAUUAAUCUUUUCAAGGAUGAUAUGUCUUUGUUUGAGAAAUGCUUGUAUGACUUCAAAAUUGUUUCCUCUAUGUAA